GCCCCGCCGCCCCGCCGCCCCGCCGCCCCGCCGCCCCGCCAUGGCCGCCCCCGAUCUGUCCACCAACCUCCAGGAGGAGGCCACCUGCGCCAUCUGCCUCGACUACUUCACCGACCCGGUGAUGACCGACUGCGGCCACAACUUCUGCCGCGAGUGCAUCCGGCGCUGCUGGGGCCAGCCCGAGGGCCCCUACGCCUGCCCCGAGUGCCGCGAGCUGUCCCCGCAGCGCAACCUGCGGCCCAACCGCCCGCUCGCCAAGAUGGCCGAGAUGGCUCGGCGCCUGCACCCGCCGUCGCCGGUCCCGCAGGGCGUGUGCGCCGCGCACCGCGAGCCGCUGGCCGCCUUCUGCACCGACGAGCUCCGCCUGCUGUGCGCCGCCUGCGAGCGCUCCCGGGAGCACUGGGCGCACCGCGUGCGGCCGCUGCAGGACGCGGCCGACGACCUCAAGGGGAAGCUGCAGAAGUCUCUGGAGCAUCUGCGGAAGCAAAUGGAGGACGCGCUGCUGUUUCAGACUCAGGCAGAGGAGACCUACUCCCUGUGGCAGAAGAUGAUUGAGAGCCAGAGGCAGAAUGUGCUGGCUGAGUUUGACCGCCUGCGGCGCCUGCUAGUGGAGGAGGAGCAGCGGCUGCUGCAGAAGCUGGAGGAGGAGGAGCUGGAGGUGCUGCCCCCCCUGCGGGAGAGCGCCGCCCGUCUGGGGCAGCAGAGCACACAGCUGGCCGAGCUCAUCUCAGAGCUGGAGGGCCGCUGUCAGCUGCCGGCACUGGGGCUGCUGCAGGAUGUCAGGGACACCCUGCGCAGGGUCCAGGACGUAAAGCUGCAGCCUCCCGAGGUGGUGCCCAUGGAGAUGAGGACGGUGUGCAGGGUGCCGGGCCUGCUGGAGGCUCUGCGGAGGUUCCGAGGAGACGUGACGCUGGACCCAGACACUGCCAACCCCGAGCUGGUUCUCUCGGAUGACAGGAAGAGUGUGCGGCGGGGGGACUUGCGGCAGGCCCUGCCUGACAGCCCCGAGCGCUUUGACCCGGGCCCCUGCGUGCUAGGCCGGGAGCCCCUGAGUUCGGGCCGCCACUACUGGGAGGUGGAGGUGGGUGAGCGUGCCAGCUGGGCCCUGGGUGUCUGUAGAGAGAACGCCAACCGCAAGGAGAAGGGUGAGCUGUUCGCAGGCAACGGAUUCUGGAUCCUGGUGUUCCUGGGAAGCUACUACAACUCCUCAGAACGGGCCUUUGCCCCACUCCGAGACCCACCCAGGCGCGUGGGUAUAUUUCUAGACUACGAGGCUGGACAUCUGUCCUUCUACAGUGUGACUGAUGGCUCACUCUUGUAUGCCUUCCCCGAGACGCCCUUCUCAGGGACCCUGCGGGCGCUCUUCUCCCCUCUGUCUAGCAGCCCCACCCCUAUGACCAUCUGUAGGCCCAAAGCUGGACCUGGGGAUGUGCUGGCUUCCCAGUGAGGUGGCCCAGAGGGUGAGCAGGCCUCUCUGGACCUUUCUUUCCCACUUUCCAGACUUUGAGUCACUUGGGGAAUCUGGUAGGAGGCGGUGUGUCCUCUGAGGUGAGCGCUGUCUCGAAUAUGCUAGCAAGGCUAAACUGUGUUCUGGGAGGCCAAGGGCAGGCUAGUGCAGGCUCCAUGCUCUUCUGGGGGGUCCUCCGGACCAUCAAGGGUCAACAUGCUGUUCCCCAGAUAUUGCCAAUUGCCCCUUGCAAAGCCCCGAGCCUGGGUCACCAACAGUUCCAGUUCCAGAAAUCCUGGCAUCUUGAGCUGAGUUUGGGGUGAAACCCUAUGGCCCCGAGGAACUUUCUCAGGCUGCAGAUCAUGACCUUGAGGCCAGGUUGCCAGGAGGCUAGUCAGGGAGGUGACCUUGAGCCAGCCAGCCUGUCUCAGGAUCUAGGCCCCUAGAGUGGGGGCCUAAAAGUGUUUUUUUUUUUUUUUUCUUAGAUUAGUUGGUGUGUAGCAGUCCAGUGAUCAGAAGGAAGGGAGCUGCAGGCAAAAGUCCUGAAUUGAGUGGUUGUCCCUGGGCCUCCUGGACAAUGUCCCCACCCUCCCUGGGGUAGGGGGUGAGGUCUCAGAGGACCCCUCCCUACCCCACAGUUAAAGAAUCUUGUAUCCAUUGUUGCUUUAAGACCCAGAGUUUCUUAAUUCUUUUCCUGAGUGUUGUGGCUUCUCUUUGUACCUUUAGGUUGUAUUUAUUGAAGGACUGUUCUUAUGCUUAUUGUUAAAUAAAAUAGCCUUUGUCUUUAA